GAGAGUCGCGGCCAAACUCAGAGAGAAUACAGGAAACCUAUUCACACUCAGGCAGUCUUGUCACUCUGACUACUUGUCGCCUCACUGUAACUUCAUUUUUGACAACAUGGCCGUGUCAGACAGGAGAAUUGUCAUUUUGGGAAAACCUGGAGUUGGGAAAAGCAGCCUGGCUAACACAAUAUUUGGAGAGAAACUGUUCAAGGCCUCCCACAGUCUCAACUCUGAAACAAGAGAAUGUCAAGCAGAAACCAGAUCUGUCAAUGGUAGAAACAUCACUUUGAUCGACACUCCUGCUUUCUUCGACACAGAUAAAUCUGAGGAGGAGCUGAAGCCUGAGAUAGUGAGGUGUAUCACAGAGUGCGCUCCUGGGCCUCAUGCUUUUCUCAUUGUGCUGAAAGUAGAGAAAUUCAUUGAGCAGGAGCAGGAUGUCAUCAACAAAAUAUGCCAAUACUUCUCUGAAGAGGUUUUCAAAUAUGCAUCAAUUGUCUUCACUCAUGGAGACCAGCUCCUUG